UUCCCACCCGGCCGGCGCAGGGCCUCGGGCCGAGCCGCUGCCGUGCGGGGCCUCGGCGCGGGGAGCGGGCAGCAGGAGGAAGCGGCGGCGCGCGCCAUGGCGGGCGGACCCCCCAAGGCCCUGCUGUCCUCGGGGCCCCACUCCCUGCGCGACAUGCCGCACCCGCUGGCCGUCUCCAGCAGCGAGGAGGCCGUGGGCGGCGACAGCACGCCCAGCCCAGACCUGCUCGUGGCCCGCAGCUUCGGUGACAAGGAUCUCAUUUUACCCAACGGUGGUACUCCAGCAGGCACUUCGAGUCCAGCCUCUUCAUCUUCCCUUUUGAAUAGACUUCAGCUUGACGAUGAGAUUGAUGGUGAGACCAGAGAUCUCUUUGUCACGGUUGAUGACCCAAAGAAGCACGUCUGUACAAUGGAGACCUACAUCACGUAUAGGAUCACCACCAAAAGUACUCGGGUGGAAUUUGACUUGCCAGAAUAUUCUGUUCGUCGAAGAUACCAGGAUUUUGACUGGUUGAGGAGCAAACUGGAAGAAUCGCAGCCUACCCAUCUCAUUCCCCCGCUUCCUGAGAAGUUUGUGGUGAAAGGUGUCGUGGAUCGUUUUUCAGAAGAGUUUGUGGAGACCAGAAGAAAAGCUUUGGAUAAAUUCCUGAAAAGAAUUACAGACCAUCCUGUACUGUCUUUCAAUGAACAUUUUAAUGUUUUCCUUACUGCUAAGGACCUAAAUGCCUACAGGAAGCAGGGGAUAGCAUUGCUGACCAGAGUGGGUGAGUCAGUCAAACAUGUCACUGGAGGCUACAAGCUGAGGAGUCGGCCUCUGGAGUUUGCAGCCAUAGGUGAAUACUUAGAUACUUUUGCACUCAAGCUGGGAACCAUUGAUCGGAUAGCCCAGCGGAUCAUCAAAGAAGAAAUAGAGUACCUUGUGGAGCUGAGAGAAUAUGGGCCUGUGUACUCCACGUGGAGUGCUUUAGAAGGUGAGCUGGCGGAACCCCUGGAGGGUGUGUCAGCUUGCAUCGGGAACUGCUCUACAGCCUUGGAAGAGCUGACAGAUGACAUGACAGAAGACUUCCUACCUGUGCUCAGGGAAUACAUUUUAUACUCUGAUUCCAUGAAGAGUGUACUGAAGAAGAGAGAUCAAGUUCAAGCAGAGUACGAAGCCAAACUGGAAGCCAUGGCUCUGAGGAAGGAAGACCGCCCCAAGGUGCCAGCAGACGUGGAGAAGUGUCAGGAUCGCGUGGAGUGUUUCAAUGCCGAUCUGAAGGCCGACAUGGAGAGGUGGCAGAACAACAAGCGGCAAGACUUCCGGCAGCUGCUCAUGGGCUUGGCUGACAAGAACAUCCAGUAUUAUGAGAAGUGCCUCAUGGCGUGGGAGUCGAUUAUUCCACUGUUGCAGGAGAAACAAGAGGCCAAGUAGGCUCCUUCUUGGGACAGAGACUCUUCUACCUGCACGGGCCAUGGCUCUCUGUACCGUAAUGUCCCUGCAGUGCCAGAGAGGAGGCACUGGGAAUAGAAGCACCUCUCCUUUGUGUACUUUCUCCCUCCCUGCACCCCACAGUCAUUUUCAAUUAGUAUUUAUUCCUCAGUGGAGUCUGUGAGGCUAUAAUCAUCUCUCAGAAAAAGAAGCAUACCUCCGGGUUGUGAAGGAACCUACUAAAUGGAACACUAUGAAGGCUUGAAAGUGCGGAACACAACAACCCACAGCUGACAUGUGACAUCUCAUGAGAGUUUCCUCUUUGGAGAUAGCCACAUUGCCUGUUGUGGGAGAGAAUGCAGAUCCUGCUUUUCAAGGACAUGAAGGAGUCGAAGAGACACCCUGUGGCUUGCUGUGGUGACCCAGCAACCCUGCACUUGAUCCUGUGGGCCUUGGCUUGGCCCAGCCUAGAGGGAGGUGUUAGGACCUCCACAGAAAGUCCUUAAUAUACAGUGGCCUGUAGCUGUGAGUGUGGCCUGCUGCCUGCUUGUGACAGGUGACAUGUGUUUUAUUGUUUCAGGUUCAUGUGGAGCCAUUGAAAUCAGUGUCUAGAUGCACCUAUGCUUGAGCGAGCAAGCCAGUGUCCUUGUCCCUAUGUGAUGCCUUGGGAAGCUGAGGGGAGUGCUCCUCCACCGUGUUUCUGAUACCAGAAUGCAACAGAUUAGCAACUUUUUGUGGAAAAUGAAAAAAGGUGCAUUUUUUCUCUGUAAAGGUCUUUAGUGUUUUUCUUUUGGUUUGUUAAUUGUUGAUACAGUCAAGAUUAGAUGUGUUAGGAAAUACCUGUUGUUUUGCAGUCGGAGUAGCUCCCCUGUUGUUGUUGAGAUCAAUGGGCAUAUACUAAGCCUCACUUUCAAUGUCUGCUUUGUGCAAUUUGCCUUUACCUCACCAAAAACACUUAGCUGAAUACUUCCCACCAUGUCCAUGAGAUGUUUGGGCAGCUUUUUGGUGAGAGGGCUAGUAUGUUGCAUCCUUAUGACCCAGUCAAAAUUUGUAAACAAUGUGAAUGUUCUACAUAAAGUGCUUUAACCCUCAACAUUUCCUGAUCAAGAAGAAAAGUCAGGACUGCAGGGACCUCGAGGUGACAAGGGUAACAGUGAACUCUUUGCUUCUAGCUAAGCUAAAAUUUCAAUUUGUAGCCAAAUUCCUAGGGGCUGCUGGCUGUGUUUAAAAUCUUCAUUCCAAACUAUUACCAGGUUUACUUUUUAAAUCACCAUAAAACUAAUAGUCAUAAAGAAUCUAUCUUCCACUUUUUUUUCCUCCUGAAAAGAAGUGGCAGAUGUCAUAUUUGUGUUCUUUGGUGACUCUUCCCAAUAGAACUGUAAAUCUAGCAUCAAUAAGCAGUAGUUAUUUCUGGUUUUUAUUGUUGUUGUUGUUGUUGUUGUUUUGUUUUGUUUUGAUACACGGUCUCACCAAGUAGUCCAGGCUGGCCUUGAACUCACUAUGUAGCCCAGGCUGGCCUUAAACUUACAGUGAUCCUCAUGCCUCAGCCCCCCAAGUGCUGGGAUCACAGGCAUGUGCCACCACAUCUGGUUUAUUUUUGUCUUUUAAAUGAAGCAGUUAAAACAUUGCUGCAUGUGCGAGUUAAGUUGCAAAUACCAGUCACUGAGCAGCAUGUUGUAGUUGCUUCAUUCUACUCUAACAGCAGAGUUGACCUUGUGUCAGCCACAACAGGGACACUAUUGGAACUGCAGUGAGACAGCAUAGAACAGUUUGGUUCUAUUUGAUUAUGUUAGAGUCACAGAAAUGAUAAUUUUUAUAUCAUUUGGUACUUGCUGUUACUGUUAUACCCCAUCUGUGCCAUUCUAAAAUCCUUUGAUGUGAAUUUUCAGCUUGGUACAAAUAGAAAUGAUUCACUGAAGCAGAAGGGUAAGAACACUCAUCUACCCCAUCUCCAGUGACUCAGCGUUUCAUUCUACCUCUAAACCAUGUGUUGGUGUGGGGAUGGGUGUCCAGGUCCAGCCUGACGGUGUGUUGGUAAAAUUGGGGUUUGUAUCUAGUAUCUGCCAGAAGAUAUUUGGCAGAAGACACAAGACAGCCCCAGUGAUGAAUGUUAUUUUUGGAACAUGGAAGCUUUUAUCUUGUGGAUUGUGUGCUUUAAGAAGGUUGUCCAGUAUAAUGAAUGCUUGGAAAGAACUGAGGAAGGAGUUACAGGAAAACUAGAACAGGGUGACCUGCUGGUUGCUAAAGCCCAGUCUUUCCUGGGCAGUGGUAGUUGGGAAAGAAACAAACAGUCCUUUAAAAACAGCGUGGCUCCUCACUGGGAAAUGUGAGGAGGCGAGGCCAUCAGGGUCCACAGUCAUUUUCUCUCAUGGGAUGCAGAGUGCUGAUUCUGAAGGGACUCAGGCACUUCGAGAUUUUUAUCUCCAUCUGUUUGUUUGGUCCCCAUGUAGUGUUCCUGUGCUUUGAGACACCAGGAAGAGCUGAAGCAAUGCAGACUUCUGUCCUCUAGGCAGAACCAAGAAAACUCAUGUAUGUUAAUGACUUCCUUGGAGAAACGGCCUUUCCCAAGAAGGGACUCUCAUCCCUGUCCUUAGGCUGGCAUCUGAUAGGCUGAGGAGGCUGGCCUAGAAGGGCGGGGACAGUAGGCAGUGACAGAGGCUCCCCAGCCCUCCUCACUCACGUGCCACAGAGAUUCUUCAGCCCCAAGUGUUUGCCUUUUAAUCUUGAUUGGGUGCAAAGGACAGUCCCUCUGUGACGAGUGACUCAGAGACUUCUGUGCCAAGGAUGGCCUUGGAGAGGUUUUAUCACUGUAUCCUCAAGUCCCCACAGCUCACUGGCUCCUCUCUUCUGUCUAUUUCCAUAAGAUUUUUUACUCAAGGGCAUACUUUACCUCAAGCAGAGUGAUAUAGACAGUUUUUGAGGUUUGAGAACAUGGAAUGGAAAGUUGUCCCUUGCAGCUGACUGGGUCCUGAGAAGGGAAAGGUGUCCUUCACCUAGAUUAAAAAUCUGGAAAACAGAAGAGUGAAUUCCUAGAAACUGAGCAAAUUUUAGAGAUGCAAAUGAUGUUAAGGAGGGAGCAGUUGUGAUUUGCAGCAGGUGUGUCACAGCACUCCCUCUCGGGGCAGGGAGCUGCAAGAAGAGUCCAGGUGACCCUGCUGAAGGCAAGAAACCACUGCUCCAACACGAGGGAGCUCAUUCCUCAGCCUGGUUUGGGGUUGGGUUUCAUCCUUCCAUAAGGGUUAAUAAUGCUUGGUGAUGAAAUGAAGGUGAUUAGAGAGAUCACGCUGCUCUGCAACUCACCCAACACCUUUCUGUGGCUCAAUUAAUAAAAGGCAGCGUGAAGCUGGGGAUCAUGGUGAAUGUAAGAUAAGUGUUUCAUGCCAGAUUUCAGCCCACAGAGUGUGUUCUAGAUGUUAGUGGAACAGGUUUUCUCAGUGGCCACUCCACAUGAGGAAACCCCUCAUAGCUUGUGUGGCUGCCUGUGGUGAGGGAACAACUGGAAGUCUGUUUUCAGAGGUGGGCAUAGUGGCCAUAUGGCAGCGGCAAGUGAAGCUUCUGUCUUGGGAUGGUAGCCCAAGGAACACCCAGCUUGUAUGACUUGAUCCUGCCAUUGGCAGCAUUUCAUUUCAGCCACAGGCAGCUGUCUCGGUUGUGAUGAGGUUCCCUGGAGUGUGGGAGAGUCUUUUGCUACCCUUUAUCCUGGGUUGCUGAGAGAGGAGGAAUGCAAGAUCCUCCAAAACAACCAUCAAGACCAUGUUGGGUCUUAGGGUGGUUAGAAUUGGGCUCCGCUCUGGCUAGAUGGCGUUACUGGGGAUUCCUCCUAGGCCAGCUGCUUAUGGUCAGGACAAGACACAUCCAUCCAGACACCUACUUGAAGGACCUGUGGAAACAGAGAAAGCUAAUUAUAUGACUGGGGUAGCACUGUUUUGGCUAUUGUCAUUUACAGGGUUAUGUUGGCAAUUUGGGUGUGCCUUCUACACUUUUCAAAAGUCGCCAGGAUGGCAAGAGAUUGGGUACACUCUUUCACUGCUUGUGUUUUGCUGCUUAUACUCACAUGGCAGGUGGCACUUCUCAGUACAUUUAAGGUAAAUAUCCUCUCCUAGGCCAAACUUACAGAUGGAGCUGGGUGUGUUGAAGUUCUUCCUCUUCCUCCUCCUCCUCCUUCUCCUCCUUCUCUUCUUCUUCUUCUUGUUCUUGUUGUUGUUCUUGUUGUUCUUCUUCUUUUUUUCUUCUUCCAUCUUCCUCUUCCUCUCUCUUUCUCUCUCUCUCUCUCUCUCUCUCUCUCUCUCUCUCUCUCUCUCUCAGUACUGGGGAUUGGUUUUUUUCUUUUCUUUUCUUUUCUUUUUUUUUGAGACAGGGUUUCACUAUGUAGUUCAGGUCGUCUUUGAACUUCCUAAGUAGUUCAGCUUGGCCUCAAACUCACGGCAUCCUCCUGUCUUAGUAUCUUUAGUGCUGAGAUUACAGGCAUGCUGGUUUAGUACUGGGGAAUGAACCCAGGGCCUUGUGUAUGCUAGUCAGCCCCUCAACCACCAAGCUGCAUCCCCAGCACCCUCUCCUUUUUUUUUUUUUUAAGUUUUAUUUUGAGACAGGGUCUCCCUAAGUUGUCCAGGCUGGACUUAAACUUGUGAUUCUCCCCCUCUCCCUCCACCUCCCAGGUAGCUGGGAUUACAGGCGAGUUCCACUAUACCUGGUAUCUCUUGUUUUCAAUUCAGUGAAUAAUCCAGGAAUCCAGUUACUCACUAACCCAUUCUUUUAUUUUAAGGAUGUCAGUUCUCCCCAAAGUUGCACAUAUCAGGGAGAGUGGAGGGACUGUCUGCGUUUAAAAAGGCCAGGCUGGGGCCUGUUCCCUCUUACGUAUUUGAAAUGCAUCCUGUUCAGCCUUUCUAUGUGGCAGAAAAAUAUGUUAUCCAGGUAGUUUUUACUAGUCUGUAAAUAAGUGCUAUGAAAAAUAACUUUAAAAAACAAUACGAUGUUUGUCUCAUAUAAAUACUCUGUGUAUUUAGCACUUGAAAAUCAAUUCCAGAAUUUUAAAAAAAUACCACAGACUGUUAAAAGCCUAACUAUACUUUUUGAGAAAUUUUAAAUAUCUAAUUAUAAUAAUAUGCCUUAUUCUUCAACUAGUGUUUUUAAAAUUCUGGGUAGAGUUUUAGAAAUCAGUCGUUCCAUUGAAAUUUAGAGACCUAACAUAGUCAGUCCGUGAUCUUCUUAAAAAAAGAAGACAGAAAGAGAGUCAUGAUUAGGGUGGCCUUUUUGGGAGAGAGAACUAAGUAUUGCCAUUGCCAAAUGAUAUUUUUAAUAAUGUAAGGAAACAGGGAGCACAAACCUUUCAUUGUUUUAAAGUGUGAAAGAUUAAUUUAGUGCCUUUUGGCAUACUUUUGAUUACAGACCUACGGAAUCAGCAUUGACAAAUCAUAGUGAAAAGAACUCUGUAGGUUAUGAUAGCAUUAAAGGUUUACCCGAUUUUGACUGUGGGGACCUGAGAGCACCAUGUUUUGGAUAGAAAUUCUCCACAGGCUGAAAUGCUGAAAACAUAAAAUAUUACAGAAACUCACAUAGUACAGUCCAUUUUAGCAGAGCUCUUAGUUAAAAUCAGUGGUGAAGAAUAUGUGCCUAUCCCAGGAGUACUGCCUGGCCACCAGGUAAAUCUAGGCUCUCAGCUAGUCAGGUCAGAGCAGCCAGCACCUGUCCACACCCCUGCUGGACGGACUUGUUCACAGUCGUAGAGCAGCCCUUGGCUUAGAAAUGAUACUGGAAGGAGCAAAGCAGAAUCGCUCUUUCCUCAGUGUGGUAAUGGGGAGAGGGGAAGUAGAUGGCAGACCAAAAUGUGAAUUGGUUCAGUAAAGCAAUGGCUAUGCCAGCCAGGCCUUCAUCAGAUAACAACCCAGCAUUUCUCAGCAGUCAGCACCUUUCACCUGGACACCCCUGAGGUUCAGUCCUGUCCCAUGGAGUCCCUGGUCCUUGUAUUUCUGUCUGCCUGUGCCCCCAUCUCUGUGAGUCAGGACUACAUGAGGUGACCAACGUCUGAUACACUCCCGUGACACAAACUGCCAGCAAACUUUCUAAACUUGUAUUUUAACUGUUUAAGAGAUUAAAACUUUUGCUUAGAACAUGUCCACAUUAUGGACUAUGGUUCUUAUUUUUAGAAAUCAUUCUUUAUGUUCAAAAAUUGAAAAGAAAAAACCUUUCUGGGGUAUUGGUAAAGUCCUCCAUGUAAGUGUGUUACAGUUUCUCCAUGCUGCCAUUAAGCCAAAACAAAAGCUGUGAAAAUAAAAAGUGCUUGAGAGAGUGUGUGUUCAGAAAGUGGUUUAUUUACAGAUUGAAGUCUUUAUUUCAUGAAGCUACCAAAUGUUAAAAGAAUGUCACCUCCUUUUCUUUGUUAUGGAACCCAGAGAUUAUAAAAUUAAAGAAAAAGGUUUUUGUUGAAUUUUUGAUGCCAGCACACAGUUUUUGUCCACUUUUUUUUCAUGUCUGUGUAUAGAAAAUUCUGUUUACUAUGGGAUUAGUAUUACAUUUUGAGGUAAACAAAGAAUUUGUACUGCUUGAUAAACUAUUAGCUUGUAAAUUUAAAAACAGUUUCUUUACCUCAAUUAACUUAAAAUAAUGGACCAAUAAACUGAUAAAAGAUGCUUUCUUUA